AUGGCGUUCUGCGAAGCGGCGGGGCGAAGCGACAUCCUGCUGGAGGUGCGACUCUUUGGGCUAGAACGCCAAAGGUGUAUCACCGUCGAUACCGAAGACGAUGCCGCCAUCGAGAGACUACUGCGCAGAUUGGGAAAUGACUACGAUUCGGCCUGCUUGGAUAUAGUCGCAGUCGGUCUUCGGGGUUUAGGAAAGCUCAAUGUCACAGGACCCGAAAUGAUCGCCUGGGUUAAAGACAAGUAUGUCUCGGACGAUAGACCAGGCCGACCGAACCUUGCGGUGAUCCUGGAAGAUAUGCCCAUCUUUCGCAGCGUUGCUCUACUUUUUAGAGAACGCUGGGGAGAGCAAGAGAUGUAA